AUGGAGGCCCCGGGAACCAGUCAAGCCGCCGCGGAGGACGAGAAGCGGCGUACAGGGACCCCGCCAGGGCUAAAGCAGGACGAGAGCAUCCAACAGACCCCGCAGACCACCACCGACUCGAUACGCCCUGUGGCGACGAAUACGACGAGUGGCUCAGUCGACGAAAAUGCAAUCUCUCUGCGCGAAGUGGACCCUGUAUCCGUCAGGCUAGAGCACCUGUCCGUCUCUGUCGAUGAAUCGCCGAACCUCUUUGUCAGACUGUUUGCGAGGAGCAGACCGUCAACACGUGAUGCCAGAGCCAGCCAUGACAAGAAGAUACUGGACGGCAUCUCGGCCGAAAUGGCCAGUGGCUCCCUCACGGCAAUCAUUGGAGGGAGCGGGAGCGGCAAGACAUCUUUGCUCAACCAGAUGAGUGGCCGCAUGAAGGGGAAUCGCCUUUCAGUGUCGGGCCGAACCUUGUUCAAUGGUAGUGAAGAUCCGUCAAAGAUCCGGAGCGCAUAUGUGAUUCAGCAGGAUAUUCUGCUUCCUACGCUUACGGUUCGCGAGACCCUAACCUAUGCCGCGCAACUUCGUCUGCCUCCGUCCAUCAGUCAAGACGAGAGAAAACAGCUAGUUGAAGAGGUCAUCAUGGAGCUGGGCUUAAAGGAAGCAGCAGAUACCCGGAUAGGAAACCACGAGCAUCGCGGUUGUAGCGGUGGAGAGAAGAGGCGCACCAGCAUUGGCGUGCAGCUUCUGUCAAAUCCAAGCCUACUGUGGCUUGAUGAGCCUACAACGGGUCUCGAUUCGACCUCCGCCUAUCAAGUUGUCAAGACACUUCAGAGCCUGGCUCGUAAGGGACGAACGGUCAUAGUCACAAUACACCAACCUCGCUCCGAGAUAUGGAGCUUGUUCGACACCAUUAUCCUCCUAACAAAAGGUAGUCCUGCGUAUGCUGGCAGCGCCAAAGACUGUCUACCCUACUUCGCAAAACUCGGACAUGAAGUGCCCGCCUUUACAAACCCAGCAGAGUAUCUCAUCGACAUCGUGAGCGUCGACAAUAGGAGUGAGGAGGCCGAGACUGUCGCCCAAGCGCGGGUAGACCACAUAGUAGAAGCGUGGAGGGAGCAUGCUUCGAAGGCUUCAACAGAGAAAGACGCGCAGGACUCGAACACCGUCACCGGACAAUCAUCUAAAGCUUUUAGAACGAAGCACACGUCACUGCUGCAGCAGAUUCGGGUCCUCACUGCGCGUACAUGGAUCGUUACCAUCCGUGACCCCAUGGGCAUGUUCGGAAGUCUCGUCGAAGCGAUUGGCAUGUCUGUCAUUACAGGCUGGAUCUUCCUCCAGCUGGAUGGCUCACUGUCCGGUAUCCGCUCCCGUCAAGGCGCCCUGUAUACCGCGUCUGCCCUUCAAGGGUACCUGAUCCUCCUCUACGAAACCUAUCGGCUCACAACCGACAUUCAACUGUUUGAUGAGGAGUCGCGACAAGGGGUUGUUGGAAUACCGGCCUUUCUGAUCUCGAGACGACUGGCUCGAUUCGCUAUUGAAGACGUCCCAGUGCCACUGAUCUUCUCCCUAAUAUUCUACUUCAUGACUGGCUUCCAGACCGAUGGUGGCGAAUUCCUUACAUUCUUCGGUGUUAUGCUUUUGGAGCAGUACAUUGCGGUAUGCUUCGCGACCACCUGCAUCGCGAUCUCGAGGCAUUUCGCAGGGGCAAGCUUGGUCGCCAAUCUCGCAUACACUCUUCAGUCGAUGGCAUGCGGCUACUUCAUUCAGUCCAAUACAAUUCCCGUAUACACAAGAUGGACGAAGUGGAUUGCCUACGUGUUCUACGCCUUCGGAGCACUCUGCGCGAACGAGUUUACAGAGCGCUUUUAUGAUUGCCCUUAUGAAGGAGGUCCGUCGAACCCGGCGUGUAAAGAAUAUACUGGCUCGUUCAUCCUCAGCUCGCUCGGGUUUCCUGGCGACUGGGUCUGGCGGCCUAUUUUGGCGCUUUUGGGCUUUGCAAUCGCAUUCUAUCUUGGCGCAGCAUUACUACUCAAAUUCUGGAGUGCAGAAAUCGCCAUGGCUCGCGCGAGGCCUUCCAACACGGAUGCUUCGGCCGGAAAAGAGAAGAUGGCUACCAGGUCCCCAGGCGAGGUUCGCACAAUCAACAUCCGACUUGAAGGUUACGGUCUCGAUAUCGAAAAGCGCUCGCUGAAGGAUCGAACUAUGAAGACUAUCCUCAAGCCACUCACCGCUGAUUUCCAACCAGGAACAUUGAACGUCAUCAUGGGCCCGUCGGGCUCUGGAAAGACGACUCUACUGAAUAGUAUGGCCGGUCGACUCAGGGACGACAUGACCACGCGAUACAAGAAGUAUGGGAACAUGACAUUCAACGGACUAGCACCAUCCGAAGACGUGGUUCACGCCAUUUGCUCGUUCGUUACGCAGGAAGACGAUGCUCUGCUUGCUUCACUCACAGUUCGCGAAACACUACGCUAUGCGGCUGGUCUUCGGUUGCCCAAGUGGAUGUCGAAAGAGCAAAAGAUCCAGAAGGCUGAGGAAAUCCUGUUGAAGAUGGGUUUGAAGGACUGUGCUGAUAAUCUGGUCGGCAACGAUCUUAUCAAAGGCAUCAGUGGCGGCGAGAAACGCAGAGUCACUAUCGCGGUCCAGAUCCUUACCGAGCCUCGCAUCCUACUCCUCGACGAGCCCUUGUCAGGUCUGGAUGCCUUCACAGCCCUAUCAAUCAUGGACGUCCUCCGGGGUCUGGCAAACGAGAGUCGCACCUUAGUGGUCACGAUUCAUCAACCGCGCUCAGAUAUCUUCACCCAUUUCGGCAGCAUCCUUCUUCUAGCCCGCGGUGGCUCUCCGGUCUACGCAGGCCCUGCGCAGAGCAUGCUUCCUCAUUUUGCAGGGCAAGGCUACCACUGCCCCCGUCAUGUAAACCCAGCAGACUUUGCCCUGGACCUCAUCACCGUCGACCUCCAGCACGAGUCCCGAGAAGCUGCUAGCAGGGCCAAGGUGCGGAGGCUCAUCGAAUCGUGGACAUCCGACAUGUUUCCCGCUGCUCGAAUACGCUCCAUUGCAACGCCUGCUGAGCUGGGAAGCUUGGCUCGUGCUCCUGCGUCGUUCGCCUCAGCCUUCACUAUUCUAGUCAGGAGGGCUACGAAGAAUUUCUUUCGACAACCUGACCUGCUCGUUGCGCGCAUAAUGCAGGUCGUAGGCUUAGCUAUCGUCCUAUCACUAUAUUUCGCGCCAUUGAAGAAUGAUUACUUCGCCGUCCAGAAUCGAUUGGGCUUCUUGGUUGAGAUUGCGCCUCUUUAUUUCGUCGGAAUGCUUCAGAACGUUGCAGUCUAUCCAGGCGAGCGAGAUGUUUUCUACCGCGAUUACGACGACCGCGUGUACGGAGUUGAAGCAUUCUUCCUCACCUAUACCGUCAUAGAGGUGCCAUUCGAGAUCGUCAGCUGCCUCGUCUUCUCCGUCCUCGCUUGUCUGGCCUGUGGUCUCGAGCGCAACGCCCAGACAUUCUUUAUCAUCACCUUCAACGCUUUCUGCAUCGUCAGCUGCGGCGAAUCCCUCGGUAUCUCUUUCAAUACACUCUUUACACAUACCGGCUUCUCGGUCAAUUGCAUGAGCGUCUUCCUGUCCGUGGCGCAGAUCAUGGGUGGUGUAAUGUCUCUGGACAUCCCAGCCUUCCUCCAAGCUUUCAACCACCUGUCGCCAAUCAAGUACGCCAUGGCGAACAUGGCGCCAUACACCCUCCGUGGGCAGCACUUCACCUGCGAAGACUGGCAGAGGAUCAACGGUCAGUGUCCGAUUACGACGGGCGAACAGGCUCUAGAACUCUAUCACCUCAACAAGAACCCCGAGAUGAACCUUAUGGGAAUCGGCAUUUGCGCGAUAGCGUACAGGCUGAUUUCAUAUUUGAUACUCAAAAUGGUGAAGGAAAGGUGGCUGGGGAAGCUGUGGAGGAGAGUGGGCGCGUGCAAGUUGAAGACGAUCACGCCGCAGACUUCGGGGGCGGAGACUGUGUAG